UCGGGGGCGUGUCUACGCAACCGUGGUGUAAUUGCCGGUGCUCACGUGCCCGAGAUGGCGGCGGACCCCUCUCCUCCGUCCGCAAUGGCUCAGCCGGGACCUCUGAACCUCAAUAACGAGGUUGUAAAGAUGAGAAAAGAAGUGAAGCGAAUCCGAGUUCUGGUCAUCCGAAAACUAGUCCGGAGUGUCGGCAGACUGAAGUCCAAAAAGGGCUCUGAAGAGGCACUGUUGAAAAACCAAAGGCGAGCCCAGAGGUUGCUUCAAGAAAUCCAUGCCAUGAAGGAAUUGAAACCUGAUGUCAUAACUAAAUCUGCUCUUAAUGAUGAUAUCAACUUUGAAAAAACUUGCAAAAAGCCAGAUUCUACUGCAACUGAGAGAGCGAUUGCCAGGUUAGCAGUUCACCCUCUUCUGAAGAGGAAAGUUGAUGCGCUAAAAGCUGCUAUCCAGGCCUUCAAAGACGCAAGGCAGAGUGCUCCGGAGGCUGAGUCAUCUAAGAGUGCUUCAAAAGAAAGCCAGUGUGAGGACAUUCCAAGGUCACAGGCUGCAGCAAGUGAGUCACAGCAUCCUGAGAGAACUGUUGUCGGUGAGCAGAAGGGCAAGGACAAGGACCCCACCACAGCCAAGAAGGCAGGAAGUGGCUCAAAAGAAAAACUGGCCAAGACGAAGCAGGGACCCAAAGCAGUGGCCACUCCACAUUCUCCAGGGAAGCCUUCAGAAAAGGGUGCUGGGGUUAACUCUGAACGCCAGGGGGCCCCAACCCCAGGGAACCACAGCCAGGGGAGAGCCUCAACCAGAACCACAGAGGACAGCGUGUGUGAACCUGAUGACAACAUCAGUGAGGAAGAGGUGAGCGAGGAGGAAAAGGAGUAUUUUGAUGACAGCACUGAAGAACGGUUCUACAAACAGUCCUCUGCAUCUGAGGACAGUGACAGUGGGGACGACUUCUUCAUUGGAAAAGUCAGGCGGACCCGAAAGAAGGAAUGUGCUGUCCCUUCCUCAGCUAAGGAACAGAAGCCCCUCCCAAAAGUGUCAUCCAAAACAAAUACACUCGAAACCCACUGGGAUAUAAGAAACGAUAAACAUAAGCUGAUUCCAGAAGCCAGGAAGUUAGAAUCCGUGUUUUUCCACUCUUUAUCUGGACCUAAAAGCUCCAGAAGGGAUCCCAGAGAACAGGCCCCAAAGAAUAAAGCCCCAGAUAUUCCAGAAAAUGAACCUCCAAUCCAGAAUAAGUUUACAAAGAGUGCACGCAGAGGAUUCGAGGGUGCGAAGCAGCCGUCGUAUGCACCUCUGCAUCCUUCCUGGGAAGCAAGCAGGAGGCGGAAGGAGCAGCAGUCCAAAAUCGCUGUGUUUCAGGGGAAGAAAAUUACGUUUGAUGAUUGAUUGCUUGCUGCCUCUUUCCGAGCUUUCUGUCAAAAAUUUUGGUUUUGUUUUUAACCAGCUUGUUAUUUAAACUUGUGUUUAAAAAGUCUCUUUGAAAGAGUUAUAAAAUAUAUUGCUUGUUUUUCUUUUUUUAAUGUGAGUUUGGGGAAUAUUUACAUAAUCUUUUUACAGAUCUCUAAAUUUGUUUCAUAAGAGUGCCUGCCCCAAAUUAUUUCUUACAUAAAGUAAUUUAGACAUUACAGAAUUUUAGGUUUUCUCAUUCAGGAUUGCAAACCGUAUUUCGAUAGUUAAGCUUUGCCUUUGGCCUUGAAAAUAGGGCAGAGAGGUCUCAGGCAAUGGCUCACCUCCUACAGCCUAAGGACCCGAGUUUGCUCCUGAGAGUCAGCCCCAGGGUGUGAGGGCAGAACCCACUCAGUUGUUCUCUGAUUGCACAUGCAGUGUGGCAUGUGCCUGUGUACACAUGCGUGUGCUCAAACACACAGUAAAUGUCAUAAAAAAUGUUAGGACAUAUUUAAAAUAAUAGUGGGAAGAUGCAGAAAUCAGGACUAGAAAUGUUAUUGUUAUAAGACAACAGAAGUGGCAGUCUUCAUUGUGGAUAUGGAAAUAUAAAUAAAUACUAAUUUGUCACAGUCGCAGUUACUUGCAACUUAGUCUUUGCGGUGUUUAAGCCACUUGCUCAUGUGUAGCGACACUCAGAGUGCCUCUGGAGCAAGCAUUCCAUUCAUUGAAGAAUGGAUAGGUGGAGCCCUAGUUCUUUCCUGUCCAUGGACCAAGUACAGGAUCCAGAUGUUCAUGGUACAGAAAAGUUAUCCGUGGUGUCUACUCACUUAGCGUUAUAUUGGGGUACAGCACUGAGAAUUGAGUCUAGGGCCUCAUGCAUUCUAGGGUUUGAACUUGCUCUACCACUGAGACCUUGCUGUGUGACUCAAGCAGGGCUGGGUUUUUACUCUCCCAGUACUGGGGUUGCUGGUAUUUUAUCUUUUUGAAAUGUAGAACAGGGAGAGAUUAAAAUGACUCAUAAAGAACUACCUACUUCAUACUGUACAGUAGCUCUAAAGAAAAAGAAUUUUUUAAAGAUCUUCAGCUACUUCCUUUUUACUACUGUGGAAGACAAAAAAGAUCAUUAAUUAAUUAAACAGUGCUAACUGAA